AUGGAUACAACUGGUACGUACUUACGCUUUACUAGAAAUCUUCCACCAGCUCACUAUUUGAUGAAACUUGAAUCCUACAGUUUAUUAUCAGACACAAAAGAAAAUUUCGAUAGUUCUUCUUUUGAGGUUGGAGGCUACAAAUGGAAAUUAUCAUUUUAUCCAAAUGGGGACAAAAGGUCUAAUACUAAGAACAACUACAUAUCUUUGUACUUGACAAUUUGUAAUACUGAUAUUCUUCCCAUUGGUUGGGAAGUUAAUGCCAACUUCACAUUAUUUAUCUAUAAUCAUACAUACGACAAUUAUUUGACUUUCCAAGUUGUGAAGCGUUUUCAUGAGAUGAAAAAAGAAUGGGGUUUCGAUCAAAUGGUAUUACUUAAUACUUUCAAAAAUGUAUCUAAUGGGUAUCUCUUCAACGACACAUGUGCAUUUGGUGUUGAAGUUUUUGUCAUAAAUCACACUCUCAACUCUGAAUCACUUUCUGUAUUUGGACGCAAAGGUAUAAAAAAUCCUAUUUUCCAUUGGGAGAUUAAGGGGUUCUCCAAGAUUAAGAUGGACGAUUCUUAUUACGUUUCAGAGGUUUUCAAUUCUGGAGGAACAAAUUGGAAGUUAAUUAUCUAUCCCAAAGGUUGUCAAAGCAGAGAUGGCAAAACAUUUUCAAUGUUUUUAAAGUUAUCAGCUGAUUCCAAUAAUCCAGAUAACUCCACAAUUUAUGCUAAAUACUGUCUUCGUGUAAUUGAUCAAAUCAAUUCUAAACACUAUGAAGUCUCAGAACUUGAUGAAUGGUUUAAUAGUUUCCAAGGAUAUGGUUCCGAAUUUAUGUCACUUGAAGAUCUUCACAAAUCUUCCAACGGCUAUAUUCUGAAGGAUACUCUAAUUGUGGAAGUUGAGUUCUUCGUCAUGUCUCGAUCCAAGUUUUCUGUCAAAUCUAUGGAGAAUUGA